AUGGGGUCGUGGGUGGACGCGGGGAGUGGCGGGCGGGCGCGCGUUGAGGGGUGCAGAGGAGCUGCGGACGGCGCGGCUGCGCAACACGCCACAGCGCGCCCUGCAUCCGCGUGCGUCGCGCGCUCCCCGUCGUCGUCCCCCAUGACCCUGCCCUCCUCGUCCUCCUCGCCCCUCAGCCUCUUCACGCCCUUGUCGCACCACCGCUCGCCGUUGCUCUCGCCCUGCCCCUCCCCCUCGCCGCUGCGCACGCUCGACGAGGAUGCGGCGGACGUCGCGGACGGGCUCACUGGAGAGCGCCAGUGGGGAAUGGCGGGGAUUCGCGGGCCAGCGGCGGAGUCGGGCGCGGGGGUCGGGGUGGCGGGGGGGUGCGCGUCGAUGCGGCGGAGUGCGGCGUCGGUGUCGAUGCCGUCGCUGUGCGCCGCGCCGUGGGAGGGCGACGGGCUGGCCGCGAGCGCGUGGCUGUCGGGCUGCGGCGGGCGAUGGACUCCCGGCGCCGCUGCGGCGUGGCUGGCGCGCGACGAGAGCGAGCGAUGGACGACCAACGGCGAAUGGGCGGUGGGCGAGCGCAGCGCGCGGAGAGGAGCGGUGCGCGGGGGCACUGGGAGAAGCGGAGCGACAGGGACGGCGAAGGAAGGCGGACCGGCAGGGGGAGGACAGCGCCCUGCGACGGGCGGUGGGGCGAGCGCGGGGGCUGGAUGGCGGGAGCUUGCACGGGAGGCGGAAGGGCGAGGGGGCUUGUGGGGGCCGCGGGCGAGGGAAGUGAGCGGCGCGAAGCGGGGCAUGCGAGGGCGAGGCAGGGACGGGUCGUGGGGGGGCGAUGAGAGCGGCGCGGGCAGCGUGGGCGCGGAUUGGGCGGAGGUAGUAGCAGAAGGGGAGGCGGAGGAGGGGAGGGGGAGGGAGAAGAAGGCGAAGGGCGGAAGGGCGGCGGGCACUGGUGAGGGUGCGCGGCAUGGAGAGAGCAGCAGCGGUGCUGGCAGGGUGGGUGAGAACGCGGGGGGAGGGGGAGCGAGCUUGGAGCGCGAGCUGCAGGAGUGGCUGGGCGCUGCACUGCCGUGCGCCGGCGAGAGAGGCAGCAGCGGGGCGGGCGUGCAGCUCCCAGGCGCGGAUGCGAGCAGGGUGGCGGCGAGUGGCGGGGGCGAGAGCACGAGCGGUGGAAGGGCGGGCGCUGCUGGCAUGGGCGCUGCUGGCAUGGGCGCUGCUGGCAUGGGCGCGGAGCAGCGGCAAGCAGGUGCGAGCGAGUCCGAGGGCAUGAAUGGGAGGGGGGGCGGGCAACAGGAAGAAGCGGGGGGGGAAGCGCAGCGAGAGGGGGCGGGGACGGAGGCGCAGCAGGUAGAGUUCCGCGUGACGGCACAGGAGCAGGGACGCCGCCCCGCCGCUUGGAAGCCCGAGGCUGAGCAACGCCGAAGCAGGCAGUCAGGUUCGGUGUUUGGAUCGGGGGAGGAUGGGCUGACGCUGGAGUCGUUUCUGUGCGGCGGCAGGAGGGCGCGCGCACGGCUGCGGGGGCAGGGCGCCCACACGUGGCAGGUGGAUGACGUGGCGGCGCGGGGCGUGGCUCAGAGCAUGAAGGCACAGGUGCAGGGGGGACGGAAGGGGGAAGGGGAGGGGGCGGAGGAGGGGGAGGGGGAGGGGAAAAAAGGAGGAGGGAGAAGGGAGGAGAUGGUGGUGGAGUUAAGGUGUUGUGACGAGCAGAGGCAGAGGCAGCAGGGCGGGGGGCAGGGCGUGCACGAGCAGCUGCAGCAGUGGCGGCGGCAGAGGUCGCUGUGUGGCGGCGCGGGGAAGGGGAAGGGGAGGGCCUCCCUUGGCGUGGGGCAGGCACACAGGCGCGGGCGGUCGGACGCGCUGGACGUGUCGGCUGCUGUGGCCGCACUGGGGGGCGCUGGGGAGGCAGGCGCAGGCGGCAAGGAGGGGUGUGCAGGGGGCCAGGAGGGGUGUGCAGGGGGCCAGGAGGGGUGUGCAGGGGGCCAGGAGGGGUGUGCAGGGGGCCAGGAGGGGUGUGCAGGGGGCCAGGAGGGGUGUGCAGGGGGCCAGGAGGGGUGUGCAGGGGGCCAGGAGGGGUGUGCAGGGGGCCAGGAGGGGUGUGCAGGGGGCCAGGAGGGGUGUGCAGGGGGCCAGGAGGGGUGUGCAGGGGGCCAGGAGGGGUGUGCAGGGGGCCAGGAGGGGUGUGCAGGGGGCCAGGAGGGAUGUGCAGGGGGCCAGGAGGGGUGUGCAGGGGGCCAGGAGGGGUGUGCAGGGGGCCAGGAGGGGUGUGGUGGCGGAGGUUGCGAGUGGGAGGGCAGUGGCGCGAGGCGAGGCGGGGAAGGUGUGGGUGGAGGCAGCGGUGCGAGUGCGGGCGGAAUGCAGGUGGAUGGCAGUCACCUGCCCACUGCUCCCAGCCACGCUGCCUUGGCGGCAGCCAACAGCGUGGUGAGCAUGGCGGGCGUGGGCGCUGUGCUGUGCUGGUCGCCGCCAUGGGUGGGCGCAGCAAGGGGCGUGCGGGCGGUGGGCGGGUCGCUGGACGUGGCUGCUGCCGUGGCGGCGCUGGGAGGCGCAGAGGGCGCGGAGGGAGGGGGGGUUGAGGGGGGUGCGGGGAGAGACGUGUGCAUGGAGGGCGUGGAUGGGGGAGGCGGUGGGGGGAAAGGCGCGCAGGGGAAAGAGAUGGCGCACGAGAGGGAUGGGGAGCAAGAAAGAGAGGCGGAUGCGAUGGUGGUUGAAGAGAAAAGGACUGCGAGGUGUGAGGAGGGCGAGCAGAGCAUGGGUGGCGAUGGGAUGUGUGGCAUGGCUGGUGUGAGUGCAGAAGCAAAAGCAGCGCAUGCAGGCAGGCCGCCCUUCCCCACGGCACCCCCCUGCACGCCCCCACAAGGCCCUCCAUCCCCACCUCUUACCGCACCAUCGCCCGCCUCUCAAUGCCCGUCCUCACCUCCACUUCCCCCCCCGGGCGCACAGGCUGCAAGCAGCGGUGGCAGCGGGGCAUGGGAGGGCGCGGGCAAGGCGGUGCAGCAGCAGCAGGCGAGCAGCGGGCGGGCAGAGGGCGCACUGGAGGGGGCUGGGGGAGGGCAGCUCGCAGAGGCAGGCGCGAGGCAUGGGGAUGGCGGGGCAGCGGUGGGAGGAGGGAAGUGGAAGGGGAGAGGGGGUGCGCGGAGGCAGCAUGGCAGUGCGGGCGAGGUGGAGCGCGCCUUUGAGGUGGCCCCCGCCCACCUGCUCGCCCUGCACCGCUGGCACCCCUCAUCGCGGGACCUGUCAGUGCGCUGGGCUGUGUGGCUGCUGCGCCGCAUGCGCAAGGCCGCCUGCCCGCGCGCCCCUCGCCCGCUACGCCUGCUGCUCUUCUCCUCGCUGCUCUCCGCCCUGCCCCGCGUCGCUGACUCGCUGCUCUCACCGCCGGCAUCGCCACGCCAUGCUCACUCGCAGCUCGGAGCUAUCGACAAGCUCGAGCUCCUUCAUGAUACCACCGCUGUGAACUGGGCGUCGUUCGAGGACACACUCCACACCUACCUUGGCUCUGUCAUCAUCCAAGACUACUUUCAUGAUUAUUACCCGGAUCGCUGGGCGGCCAACUUGAACAACUACAAUAAGCUACGUGACACCUACACCAUCCAGCGUGAAGCAUACCGUGUGGUUGAGGAAGCACAUGGUAUCGCCGCUGCACGCAUCCUCCAAUACAAAAAAGAUGAGAACGAUCAUGCUGAGGAGCUACGCAAACUUCACAAGGAUGUCGCAGCAUGGCGUGUUGCGGAUCGCCGCGCACUCGCCAUCAUCUUCUCCUGCAUCCCCUCACACCUCAAACGCGACCUCCGUCCCACCUCCUCCUCUGGCCUCUGGAAAACCCUCUCUACUCAGUACGAUCGACAGGAUCUUCGCUCCCUCCUUGCCCUCUUUCGCAAGUUCCAAGGCACCACCUUUGACUCCUCUCCCACUGCUGCUGCCUACACCCGCCGCCUCAUUGAUACUGCACGACGCCUCAACAAUCGAGGCAUUGUCGUCUCUGAGUCUCUCCUCACUGCACGCACUCUCGACUGCCUCCCCCCCACAUAUGACACAUACCGCAUCACCUUCACCUCCCGCUACCGCUGCCCUCCUCCUGUGACAGACACCAUCGAGUGGCUCCUUGAUAGCGAAGCCGACCUUCAACGUGACUCCACCUCUAUCAAUGCAGUUCAGACUCGCAAAGCCCCCACAGGCAACGAGAACAGCGGCGGAGGUGGCGGCCAUGGCGGUACUGGCAGUGGUGGAGGUGGACGUGGUGGUGGGCGAGGAGGAGGACGUGGUGGUGGGCGAGGAGGAGGACGUGGUGGUGGGCGAGGCGGUGGCCGUGGUGGGCGUGGCGGACACCCCUCACCUUCGGGCACCCUUCCCCCGUGUCAGUACAUCAUUCGCUAUGGCUCCAACAAAGGCCAACCAUGCUCACAGACCACUCAUACCAUUGACACGUUCUUCAAAGCCCUCACUGACGAAUGGUUUGACCGUGGCAAUGUUGGCACCCCACCUCGCUGGAACACUGUUUUCCCACGCCCCUCUCCCCAUGACAUCCGCACUCCCCCCGCCUAUCAACCCUCCACCCCCAACCUCCACAAUGUCCUCACUCAACAUCUUCCAUCUCACAUCCUCCAGCAAGUCAAGCAUCUUCUCCCCUCAUCCACCCCCACUCCCACUCCUCCUCCACCCACACCUCCGCUUCAAGCCCCUCCCCCUCACUACCCUCCACCUUAUGCUGGCUGGCCUUAUCCUCCUUACCCACCUCCUGGAUAUGGUCCUGGACCUAUUGGUCCUGUUGCUAAUCUUGCUGAAUAG